UUCCAUUGUGUGGCUGGUGACAUUGUUUAUAUGUUCGUCACCCGACGGACAGUUAGACGUUUCCUCUGUCUGGCUUCGACAAAGGAUGCUGCACGGACAUGCACAUACAAGUCUCCACGUGGACGUGGGCUUUCAGUUCUCUGGGGUGGCCGUCCAGCCGGGUUUGCUGGCUUGUGUGUGACUCUCUUUCAUUGUCUGAGCAGCUGCCGGACUGUUUCUCGAAGUGGCUGCCCCGUUUGGCGUUCCCACUGGCAGCGCCUACAGAUUCUGACCCUUCCGCAUCCUCUCCAGCUCCUCCUGCUCUCUGGCCCUUGGAUUCCAGCCCGACGAGGGGGUAUGAAGUGGUAUUUCACUGUGGUUUUGGUUUGCGUCUUCCUGGGGAUGAGUGAUGUCAGAGUGCUUCUGCAUUGCCUCGCCCAGAAAAGCGGAAUGAUGCACUGCCCGUGGAGAAGCUGGGGUGUGAGCCGGUUCCCCACACUUGCCCUGGUUCCUCCUCACGCAGGGAGGAAGCUCAGUGAGGGCCCUGCAGGGCCCAGGAGCACCUGCGGCUGCGUCUCUGCCCUGCUUCCCGCCCCCCACCCCCGCCGGCCCCAAGGCCUGCCCCAAACCACAGGCGUGGAGGGAGGGAGGACCCUCUGGAGGUUGGUCUUCGGCAAUCAGGAGUCAGCGCUAUGGUUUUCCACCUUCCUCCAUCGGCCCCUCUUUGGGCUCCCAACGGCCCUCAGAGCCCCGGCCCCCCCUGGCCCUGCGUCCAGCGCUCUCCUCCCUCCUUCCUCCCGACGGAGACCCUUCUGGAAGGUCCUGAGCUCCUGCUCCGUGUCUUACGUCAACAAAACCUUCAGUAAAUAUCUGUGCGCUGCGUCUUCACUAAAACCUCUGUCUGUUAACACAGAAGCAUGUUCUGUACUAUCCUGCCCGCCUUCAACAGAAUCCUUAAUCCUUGCUCACAACGGGGAUGGGGCCAUCAGCAAGAGGAGCACAAAGUCCCUUGGCCACAGGAUGUGCUGGCUUCUCCGGGCGUGUCCUGUCCCCCCACAGCCCACCCCCCCCAGCUGGGGUUAGCGCCCAGCCCUGCGGAAGGUUCGCGCCCUGUGCUGGAGCCAGCCAGCCACUCCUUUGGGUUCUGAGCCAAUCAGACCCACCGUGGAACUCCCACAUGCAAAGAAACGUGCUGGGCACACCCAGGAGGCUCGUUUCUGUGGGAACCACACUGCUUUCCCACUGUUGUCCCUGUGGGCACCCCCCCAACACCUGCCACCCUGCACGCCUGGGCCACCAGCCUGAUGUGAACAAAGCUCAUGGAACUGAGUUAAAUACAGGCAAAAAAGAAGAGGUGUCCGGGGCCUGCUUUGACCUCUGCUUGGCCAUCUGCCGGCCUUGGAUGCUUGGUCAAGUUUCUUAACUUCCCUGGGUCUGCGUUGUUUGUUGCUUCCUCAUCGACAGAGUAAGAGAGUCGUGGGGCCUGCAGUAGCUCAGGGAGGCAGCGUGAGCUCCCCUUCAGACGUGAUGGUGGCACUUACGUACUGAAGGGUCCGCGACGGAGGAGGACGGCCGCGAGGUCUCGGGCCCCGGGAGCCCUUUGCAUACCUUGUCAGAUCCCUUGCUUCAACCUGAGAGCCAGUCCUGCUUUUGUCAGCCCCUCUCACGGAUGAUUAGAAUGACGCUCUCGGAGGUUAAGUACCUUCCCCACCGCCGGCAGCCGGCCUCCAGCAUUGCCUCUCCGUCCUACUCCGAAGGUCAUUUCUAUUACUUAUGUUUUAUUUUUUAGUCAUGAGAAAACAAACAGAAGUUCAGAAGGGGCCGCGACGGGGCUGGCCCUAGAGGACGGGGAACAGGGCUGUGAUGGAGGGAUCCGCCUUCCACACGCCCGGCCGAAGGGUUUAUCUGCCCGCCGCUCCCCCGGCAGGGUGGGGGGUGCUGGGUGCCAGGGUCAGGAAGGCAAAGUGUGCGGUUCAGGGACCAAGGUCUCUCCGUGCUGCAAUUUCAGAAAUCAGAAAGGCUCCUGCCUCUGAACCGUCCGUCCCCACACGCGACGUGCCCACGUCCUUAUUCAGGCUGUUUUCAGAAAGACGUUGGACCAGGCAGCUAAGAACCCGGCUCCCAGUCUGCACUCGGUGGCAGGUUUCACUGAAGGAGCACCAUGGUCCCCGGCGGACAAGGCACAGGCAGGAGGACCUGCUCCGGAGUGUUGCUUGGUGCCUGCCUGCCCUUUGCAGCAUCUGCGGGCUUGCAGGACUUCCAAGAGCACGAGCAGCCCCCGGGGGCAGAAGGCCGCUGAUAGGUCUACCUCGAUGGCCCUGGGUCACUCACAGGAGUACCACGACUAUACAGCCGUGUGGGGCCGGCUGCUGGAUCGCCAUGGAGACCCCGAAAAAUGUCACAUCCGAGGAGACAACGCUUCCUGCCCUGCUUCCUCCACAGGGUAUUUUUGAGGUGACCAAAUAAAAUGACCAUAGUGGCAGCAGAGCUUACCUGGAGGGUAUCCCUGUUUCCCGUCGGGCUUUGCCAACAUCAGCUCAUGGGGGUGGGGCAUUAACCACAUGGACAUGAGUGUAGAGAAUGACUUUCUCCAGAAUUAUCAUCAUAGACCCUGUGUUCUUGCAAAAUCUUAGAGCACAAUAUUCUAUAAGGUUUAUUUAUUUUGCUAAUGUGGAUGAACCUUGUAAUCCAGCUCAUCGUAAUAGGGCCACACGGGUUGAUUAGUGGGUCAUAUCAUGACUGCUAGAACACUCUAAUUCCACAGAAUAGUUGGGACUUUGAAAAUAGUGUUUUACGUGGUUCCACUACAGCAAAUGUAAUGUACUUCUGUGAAGUCACGUCUGUGUCUCUGAGUAGUCUGCAAACUUUGUUCUUCUUUAACAGAAUUUCUAAGUUACGCACACACACAGGUUCAUGACCUUCUACCUUCAGACACAGUAAGAGAGAGUUGGGCUCCACAUCCCCAGAACUGUGACCCGUACUUCCCUGAAGCUGUUCUGAGUGGUUCCUUAAAGGUCACCUGUGGAGUAAGGAUUGAGGCAGUUUGUGCCCUAAAGAAACCGAGGCCGCUCAGACUGAGACGAGUAAACGUGUUUUCUGUAUCUUGUAGUGUCCUUUGCACUAACCCGGGGUGUGAGCCCCGGCCUACUCAGCGAUCAUUUGCACGGAUUGUCACCCAUACCCGUUUCCUUUUCUAUUACUUUCCCACACUAUCAAAAUCUGAUCCAAAAUGCAAACUUCAAAGAACAUAAAUGUUUUUAGCCUCAAAGGAUUUAGAACUAUUUUCACUGUUGAGAAUCAUAAUUUUAAUAGGUUCCAAGUUUCACAACAAGUUAAUUUGUUAGAGUGACCUUGACUUUGGGGUGGGCGGUUAGAGAGGACUGACCUUUCAGAGGAUGAGCACAGUCUGGUGACUAAGUCCCUGUUUGAUGUGGAAUUUAACAGCUGCUCUUGGAAUGCUUGUCUCGACUUCUCCACAGUAAGCCCGGCCGCAUUAGCACACGGCUAAUCACAUCAGAUGUGUUCGGUGGGCAUUUCUUGAAUGAAGAAUAUUAAUUCUAAGACAGAUUGUUAAAAAAUAGUAGAUAAGAAGUUGUGAAUCCCAAAUAGCUUCAUAAAGAUCUUUCCGUCCAAAGAGCAGCUGCUUUGUAAGUUACACUAAGAGUGUAAAUUACACUAAAUUUCUGCUCCGUUUGACUUUGGUUCAAUCAAGACAUGACGGGUCAUGAUUUCAGAAUCCUGUCAAUGUUCAACUGGGCUGACUUGUGGGAGAGUCAAUCACAAAAGAUCCUCAAGGGGACUAUGUGGAAGUGUAUCUUACUGGCCAAGUAGGUCUAAUUCAUUCCAGAGGUCUUCAAAAUUUUCCUGGUGGCCCACUGAGUUCUUUUGAGUCUGCAAACCAGUCUGACCCACCCGUUCUUAGCAGGCAGCCCAGCAUCUGUGAUGCUGUGUUCUCCAUCUGCCCAGCCUUCAUUGCAAACCCGGUGCUCUAGACCUCUGGCCAGAUUGACAUUCGCUGAUGGCUGAUCGACUCCGGCCAACUCUACCAUGUCCACAGCAAAGGCUUAUUCCUAGAACUCAUUGCAAUGUUACAUUUCCCUUUUGACUAUCUUACCAUAAAGCUUUUAAACUAAAAAUACAUUUAGCCUCCCUAGUGUGAAGGCUAUAGGCUUAUAAUUUUUGUCUUAAAUCUUCUCACUUCCUCCUCUCUUCCAUACCAAAAUCUGCUCCUUGGAACCUCAAAAAUAGGUUUGAAGGUCAUAUGUCAGCACUUCUACCCACCACUGGGUUUGGAUUAUGUCAGGAACCAGGGGUCCAAAAGACCAGGGUGUUUAUUCCAGACUUUCGCCCACCUUUUGCCUCCAAC